AUGGUAUUCGAGGACCAGAGCUCUAAAACAGGGAGUCGAUAUACCGUCCAGAAUUUACAGGAUGUGGAAGAUCAAGACUUCACCCCACAAUCGGGUCCAUCGAGCGGUGCCAUCGCCGACAACGGGCAGAUCGUUACUCAGUAUGAGCGCCAAAGCUUGAUCCGGGGUCUGGGGCAACGCCAUAUUCAAAUGAUUGCCAUUGCCGGUGCAAUUGGUACAGGUCUCUUUCUUGGUCUAGGUGGUUCGAUCGCCACGGGUGGUCCUCUAGGCGCCCUGCUAGGCUACUUGUUUAUCGGCCUGGUAGUCUGUAGCAUUCAAUUUGCACUGGGAGAAGUCUCAGCCCUGCUACCAGUUACUGGUUCAUUUGUCCGACAUGCGGAGAUUUUGGUUGACCCUGCGCUGGCAUUCGCGGUCGGCUGGAAUGUUGUCUAUGGAUGCUUUAUCAGCGUUCCGAGUGAGAUCUCUGCCAGUGUGGUCCUUAUUCAAUACUGGACCGAUAUUAGUGCUGCGGUCUGGGUGACUGUCCUCAUAAUUGUGUCUGUGGUUGUUGCCAUCUCAUUUAUCCGUGUCUAUGGCGAGAUCGAGUUCGUUUUUGCGAUUCUUAAAAUCCUGUUGGUUGUUUUUGUGGUCAUUCUAGGACUUGUCAUUGAUCUCGGUGGUGUGCCUGGUGUGCCCCGAAAAGGGUUCCACUACUGGAAAGACCCCGGCCCGUUCGUUGAGUAUAUCGCUACUGGACCUUUGGGACGCUUCCUAGGGUUCUGGGCUGUCAUGACCAAUGCAGUCUACUCGUUUGCAGGUGUGGAAUCUUUGGCCACGGCCGCUGCGGAAACAAGAAACCCACGGCAUAAUAUUCCCAAAGCCUGCAAAAGGGUGUUUGCACGAGUGUCUAUCUUCUACAUAGCCGCUGUCUUAGUCGUGGGCAUGUUGGUCUCCAGCGCAGAUAAACGUCUUGGCUCCGACUCUGGCACGGCGACCACGAGUCCGUUCGUCAUUGCUGCCGGGGAUGCAGGUAUCAAGGCUAUUCCUUCCGUUGUGAAUGCCGUGUGCUUAACCUCUGCGUGGUCUGCAUCGAACCAGAGUAUUCUGGCUGGAACGAGAACAUUAUAUGGUCUUGCGAUCAAGGGCCAUGCUCCGAAGAUAUUCCUGCGCACCACCAAGUGGGGUGUACCAUACAUGUGUGUGCUUUUGCAGGUUGCCUUCUCUUUGUUGGCUUACAUGUGUGUUUCCAACAACGCCAUGAAUGUCUUCUGGUGGUUCGUUGAUUUGACCGCAGCUGGUACCUUGGUCUCGUGGAUCACCAUCGCUUUGAACCAUAUUCGUCUGUUGCAAGCGCUCGAUAAACAGGGCAUAUCACCAACAGAGUUGCCGUGGCAUAAUCGUAUUACCAGAUUCACAAGCUGGUUCGCGUUAGUCUCUUGCGUCCUCAUUCUCCUGACUGGAGGAUUCGCAGUUUUCACAGCUGGAAACUGGGACCCUGCCUCAUUUGUAUCGUCUUAUCUGGACAUUCCACUCGUCCUUUUCGCGUACGGGGGCUAUAAGUGGAUUCGCCGGACAGAGAUUAUUCCCCUAAAGAUGGUACCGGUUCAACAAGCGAUAGACGAGGCUAACAAUGACCCGGAGAAUGUGCCUCUCAAGAAAGACAGUAUACUGGCAAAGCUGAAUAUUCUUUGGGGCUGA